ACAUCCCUUAGGGUUCAAGCACACGCCUCAAAUAUCUUGGCUGUCUGUCCAGGACAUGGUUAAAUGACUCCUGAAGAAUGAAAUUAGUGUUGUGGCAUUACAUCUCCUCAAUGAAUCAUUUAAACUGACACUGGGUUGGAUCCUCUACUGGGAUUCAAACCCAGAACCUACCAGACUUAAAGCUGAUGGCUUAAGCACCCUGCCACUAAAGUGUCACUAAUGGUUUUGAUCACUAAACACUGCUAUUAUUAGAUCAAAUACGGUAUGUGUUGUUGAACAAAUGGGAUUUCCCUUUUUCCUCAUCCAUGACCCAGUAACUCACAAAGGCAUUAGAUUUAGUGUUGGUGCAUGUAGAUAGACCACAGUACAGGAAAAACAUGAAUAGCAUUUUAGUUGUUUUCUCUUUGACAGUAUUUAUUUUAUUUGGUUUAGUAGUUGGUGCAUCAGUCAAGAUAAAUAACAGACCUAUUAUUGGAAUUUUGGCCCAAGCAACAAAACAUGCAAGUGCUGACACUUUCAUUCCAGCAUCUUAUGUAAAGUACCUGGAACAGGCUGGGGCAAGGGUUGUACCCAUCAGAACCAAAGAAUCUGAUGAGUAUUACAAGAAACUGUUUUCGCAUAUCAAUGGAGCACUGUUCCCUGGUGGAGACGUUGGUAUCCAAGUAUCUUGGUAUGCUAAGGCAGGAAGACAGAUCUACGACUUGGCUGUUCAGGCAAAUGACAAGGGAGAUUAUUUUCCACUGUGGGGAACCUGUCAGGGCUUCCAGCUGCUGACCAACUUGACCGCUCGGGCAAACCUUCUCAAGGCCACAGAUGCAGAGGAUCUUGCCGUACCACUGAAUCUCUCAAAUGAUUAUAAAUCGAGUCGUCUGAUGGGAAAUCUUCCUGCUGAUGUUCAUCACAGUCUGACAACACUACCAGUGACGUACAAUGCACAUCACUGGGGUAUUUGGCAAGAGACAUUUGAAAAGACCAGUUCCCUGAAUUCAUUUUACAGAGUCCUGUCGACAAACAAAGGUCGAAAACAGAUUUCAUUCAUAUCAACAAUGGAAGCAUACAAGUAUCCAUUUUAUGGAAGCCAGUGGCAUCCUGAAGCAAACAUUUUCCUGUGGAAUCCAAAAGAACACAUGGAUCAUGAAUUUGCAGCUAUCAAAGUAUCACAAUACUUCGCCGACUUCUUUGUCAAUGAAGCCAGAAAAAGCAGUCAUACCUUUCCUAGCAUCACCAUGGAAUCAAGUCACAUGAUUGAAAACUUUAAACGCGUGUAUUCAAAUGAUGGAUCGUUUGAAUUACUUUAUAUGUUUAACUACACAAACACAUUUUGAUGACGAGCUGGAGUUAACUGUAAUGUGAAAUUAUCCAAACAGAUCAACAUGUUAACAAUGUUUGUUGUAAGAAUUCCGUUUUCUCACCAGGGUCAUAUCUAGCUUAAAAGUAAUGGGUGGGCAGGCUGACAGGCACAAAUAAUCAGUGUUAGGUAACAUAGGAACUUAUUCACAUACACAUAGAUACAAAAGGCACUUUUUCAAAUUUGGGUGGGAUGUAGCCCAGUGAUCAAGUUUAGGAUCGAUCCCCAUCGGUGGGCCCAUUUGGCUGUUUCUCAUUCCAGUUGGUGCACCAUGACUGGUAUAUCAAAGGCCGUGGUAUGUGCUAUC